UUUUAUAUUUCCAAAUACAUGUUACUAUAGUAUUGCAACUUCUUUUAUGGAAGGGGUCCCCAAAAUUGCUUUGCCCCAGGCCCCCUGAAUCCUCUGGGUGGCCCUGUCUGAGUUUUAAGCCCUGAUGCUGUGUUAUGCCUGCAACAGGCAGGCCUAAGCCUGUGAGUGACCCCCAUAGCAGCUGUCUGAAGAAGUGCUUGAGGGAAUCACGCAGAAGCAGCAUGAUAUUUGUUUGAGUUCUCUCCUCAUGGAGGCUGUGCUCCACUUGACGCAGGACAGCACUCUAGGCCCAGCACCUUGCCUCGGUUUGUAGACUUGUAGUGCACCCCUGUCACCGGGCUCAGUCUGGCACUGCUACCCCUCACCAGUGCCCAAGAAGCAGUCAAAAACGUUGGAUGGACUGGUUAGGUUAGGUUAAGUUAGUUGUCAUGCUGUUGCUUGACUAGUGUAGAGACCACUGAAUGCAUAAUAUUCCUCUAUGAUGUUCUGUCCUGAGCAAAAUUGGCAUGUUAUGAGAUAGUGCCUGUAAGGGACAGGUGUCUGUUUAUGUCAUCCAGCCAUCAUGUCUUAGGUCUUCUGGGGGUGGGGGUGCUUUUCCAUCCUGCUUUCAUUGACUCAAAGUCUAUUCUCACAGGGAAGUUAGUAGGCAUUUAGAGCAGAUGAGCAUACCACCACAGAGAGCACUUGGCAACCAUUUGAGAGUGUGUGACCUAUUUAGUUAGAAAAUGGAACUUUUCAUUCAAAUUGAGUUUGAUGUUUUUAAUCAUUUGGAGGUGCAUGGCUGGUUGGACAGAAUGUGGGAAAAUAAGCUGACAGAUAGUGUCCCUAACACAGUUAUUGCUCUUCGCAUCCUCUUGACUCUCCCAGUUUCUAUGGCCAGUGGUGAGCGAUGCUUCUCAAAGCUCAAGUUGAUAAAAACGUAUAUGCGAACAUCAAUGUUGCAACAAAGACUUGUUGGGCUAUCUAUCUUGUCAAUAGAACAUGACAUUGCUCACAGCAUUGACUUGGAGGAACUUGUUUCUAAGUUUGCUAAACUUAAAGCGUGGAAACAUAAAUUCUAAAUUAUAACAUGUUACUCUGUGACCAUGUAUUGUGUAUAAUGUAUAUGAUUUAUUUUGGGGGGGGGUGCGCAAAGUGGAAGUUUCGCCUAGGGCACAAAAUAUUCUUGCACCGUCCCUGCACAUCAUUCUGUCUCUUUUCAGAAGAAAGUUUUGGGGUCUGAAAAAAGCAGGAUCUACCUGGAUCCUACUAAUUUUUGGAUUCUUGUCUCCAAAUUGUAUCAUUAAAAUAGGGAACAAGUCUAGGCUCUCCUACUGCACCAAAAACCUGGAACCCAAUGCAUCUUGGCAUUCCAGUGUUGGGACCUGGAUAAUUCUGCUGGCUAGGAGAAGCUACAUAUGAACCAAUUUUAGACAGUAAAACUGGAAAGUAUGCAGCCCACAAUUAGCUGGAUCCAGCAAAAUACUGGUACAGAUUAAGAGUAUUUGCAACUAUCUUGUACCAAGAUAUAUUGGGGUCCACAUUUUUGGGUGGAAUUGUAAACACAACACCUAAUAUCUGUUUUGUUGGUACAAUUUCCAGGGUCUAGAUGUCACCUCUGAAUUUUUGCAGCACUGUUGCACUGAGGCACAUCAGGGUCUGGAUUUUUAAAGUGCAAUAGGAGUGGGUGAACAUGCUCUUUAUUUAAGCAGCAAAAUGACUAGUACCAAAAACUAGAAGGAUCCAGCAACAUUCAGCUCUGAGUAGUUGUGGCUCAUUUGCUCUGCGUUGCAUUGAGAUCUGGGUUGCACUGGUAUAACAGGAGCAUCUAUUCUAGUUGGGCAUUAGCACUAGGGAAGUAGGGGUCCAAAAAUGCCAGGAUCCUGGUGCUGGAUCUGAGUUUUUGCAGUGCUCUUGCUCUGAGAUCUGGAUUCGAUUGUUGCAACUGGAAGAUUUACACUUGUUCUAUAUUGUGACAGCAUUUGGGGGGGGGGGGGGCAUUCAGCAGAAUCCAGCUUUUGCUUUCCCCAAAAGUUUUGCAUCAAGGGACUCUGCUGCCAGCACCACCACUUCUCUGCUCCCUUGGCAGCUGGGUGUAGGGGUAGGGAUGUAGGAGGUGUGUUUUGGGGGUGGGGGGUGCCUUGUGUUUGGACCCCGGGGCGGAGCUGCUAUAGAGGCUCGCCUGGAUAUUGGCCCCAGAUUCAUACAUAAAUACAGCCAGGGUGGAUUUUCCCCACUUCCCUCCCCAAAAGGAACCCACCCCAGUGAGGUCAUUUCAAUGAGAGUGAAGGAGGCGAUCAGACAAGGUCGACUUUUCUGGAGGAGACACAGCCUGCGAGUGGAGCGUGGUGCUGAAUUUAAUCUGCGUUCCCCAGCCUCUGGGAGAGCGGGGGAGAGACGCUGGAAUACAGCUCCAGCCCAGGGAAAAGCGAGGAAGCCUUGGCCGGGCCCGUCAGAAACCCCACUCCAUCCCUGGGCGAGCCGAGCCGAGCCGAGCGGAGCGCUCCGGUGGAGGCUGCUGGAGACAUCGGAGCGUGACCCCGGGGGUGGGAUCGGAAGAGGCGGCGGUACCUUGGAGAGCUCCGAGCCAGCCGCCUUGCCAGGCGCGCCGGAGGAUUAGCCCAGCUGGCCGCAGCUGCGGCGGGCGGCGACUUGCCGGGCUCCAGCCAUCGGCCAACGGGAGGAUCCCUGUGAGCGAGGCUGCCUGGGGCAGGGGGUCUCCUGUCCGGUGGCGGAGGAGAGGCGCCUUUGCCUUGGGGAUGCCCGGCCUCCAAGCUGCGGCUCUGACGCUUCGUCGCUAAGGAGGAGGAAGAAAAGUUUGGGGGAGCCCGAGGGAGGGGGGCGCUGGAGAGAAGGCGGAUGGUUUGUUUUCCGGGCUGAGCUGGAAGGAACGAUGACCCAGCGAGGAUGUGCACCAGCAGCCACACCAUUGGGAGCCUCUUGGUGCUCUCCGUGCUGGAGAUAGGGCUGGGGGUCUCCAGCGUGGCCGUCGGGGCGGUCAGUUUCAGCCUGGUCCUUGCGGAGCAUAAGCCUCAGCUGGGAGACUCUUCUCCGGUAUGGAGCGGGGUGUGUUUUCUGCUGUGUGGCAUAUGUGGAAUAUUGUGUGCCAAAAAGAAAUCUGGACUUGUCAUGAUCCUUUUUUCAGCCUGUUGCAUCUGCGGACUAAUUGGAGGAAUAUUAAAUUUUCAGUUCCUUCGUGCUCUGACAAAGAAGUCCUCCACUCUCUAUUCUUUGCAUCUUACUUCCAUGUCUCUUGCAUGCAUUGGAAUUGGAGGUUGCACGCUUUCUUCCUGGCUCACUUGCCGGCUAGCCAGCUAUGAACAAAGGAGAAUGUUCUCUGAAAGGGAGCAUUCACUGCAUCAUUCCCACGAAAUGGCAGAGAAAGAAAUGACAGACAAUAUGAGCAAUGGAGGACCACAGCUGAUUUAUAAUGGAAGAGUGUACGAAAAGAUUUAAAAAGUUCAAGGAAAAAAAUUUUUUACGAUUUUCUUCUGGACAAACAAAUAGACACCAAGAGACUGAGAUGAAAUGGAAACAGUCUUGGCUUUUAUUGCUAGAAUUUCACAACUGCAGAACAGCACAGUUGCAUUUCCCUUUAGAAACAUAUCUGAAAUUUCUCUCCCAAGGAUUUUGUGGAUAUACAGUAUUUAUUCACUCCAUCUCUAUUCCUUUUUUUUCUUUUUGUCUGAAUAACUUUCCAGAAUUAUUAUAGGACUCGAGAUAGACCUUUCAGACUCUUCUUCUCAUGAAGACUUUUUUAAAAAAUCCCAUUUAAAUGGAGAGGGUUUAACCAGUAGAUUGUACAGUGGAGAGAGUGCAAAUUAGACUUGUAAAAAACGUGCAUUACACAUGCAGAGUCCAAAUGAGUGAAAGAUGAGAGUGCUGAAAACAACACUGAUGUCUUUGUUUUGAAAGACAGAAUGCUUUAAGAAUUCCAUAAAUCAAAACCUCAACAAUGCCUUGUUGUAAAGAAAUUGUAAAUAUUUCCAAUUUGUGAAUGAAGUAUAUUUCGUAAUUUGUUCAUAAUAGAUGACAAAUAAAAUGAAAUCUAAAACUGAGAAUAAUUCA